AUGGUGGAUCUAUUCAUGAACCGGAUCCUGGUGAAGAACAACAGAGAGCAGGACAAGCUGGACACCGAGCGUGAGAUCGUCUCUUGCCUGCAGAAUCGCGUCCUGAUGCUCUUCUUUGCUUCUGCUGCGUGUGAGCACUGCCAGCGGUUUGCACCGACGCUCUCGCACUUCUUCAAACGAUUAACAGACGAGUUUUAUGUAGACCGCUCUGCCCAGCUCGUUCUGCUCUACAUAAGCUUGGACCUUUCAGAGGAUCAGCAGGAAAGCUUCCUUAAACAGCUGCCCAGGAGGUGCCUGUUCCUGGCCUACGAGGACCCCUACAGGAGGGAGCUGGAGUCCAUGUUUAAUGUGGAGGAGCUGCCCACAGUGGUGGUGCUGCGACCGGACUGCUCCAUCCUCAUCCCCAACGCAGUGGAGGAGAUUCUAUGCCUCGGCCCAGACUGCUACCGCAACUGGCAGGAGGCAGCAGAGCUCAUCGACAGGAACUUCAUGAUCAACGAGGACUUUGGGCAGAAGACUGUGUGCAGCCUGAGCAACCCUGUGAGGAGACUGAAGUACAAGGUGGAGGACGAGAAGAAGAGGAAGGCGCACAGAGGGUGGCGAGGAGGGGAUGAGGAAGACCACAAAGAUGGAGGCGGGUUGCCUUUCUAGUGCAGAUCAAGAACAAAAACAGAAUUGUUUCUAUACUGAUACCAGGACUGAUACCUGAUACCAGGACUGAUACGUGAUACCAGAUACCAGGACUGAUACCUGAUACCAGGACUGAUACCAGGUACCAGGACUGAUACCAGGUACCAGGACUGAUACCUGAUACCAGCACUGAUACCUGAUACCAGGA